GCACGGAACACACGGAGCGAAGCAGGGCAACGCGCUCGGAAGACCAGACGAGACGGCAUGGGCACCAGCCAGGAGGAACGACAAAUCCGCGACAGCACUUUCCGCAUCAUCGCCCCGGACCCGCCAAGAGCAUGCGUCGGCGCGCGACACAUGGUUACGUUCAUGCUCUUCUUGGGCAUGGCGAACGCAUACGUGAUGCGGACCAACAUGUCGGUGGCAAUCGUCGCCAUGGUGAAUCACACUGCCCUGCCUAAGGAGAAUACGACUGAGGACGACGAGUGCCUUCCGUCAGGAACAUCGGCCAAGCUGGGCACACUGUGGGACGCACAGAUAGCACCCGCCGCUGAUGAUGACUACCAACUGGAACCAUCAUCAAGAUCUGCUUCUGAGGGCUCUUUUGUUUGGGACACAACACUGCAAGGAUACAUCCUCAGCAGUUUCUUCUAUGGUUAUGUUAUUACACAGAUUCCAUUUGGACUACUGUCCAAGAAAUAUGGUGCCAAGUUGUUCUUGGGUGUUGGAAUGUUGAUCAACUCUGUUUUUGGACUAUUGGUGCCAGUGGCAGCAAGACAUGGUUAUGAAUGGCUCAUUGCAGUGAGAUUUAUUCAAGGUUUGGGAGAGGGCCCCAUUGUACCAUGCACACAUGCCCUGCUUGCGAAAUGGAUUCCGCCUAACGAGAGGAGUCGUAUGGGUGCUUUUGUAUAUGCAGGCGCACAGUUUGGUACAGUAGUAUCUAUGCCUCUCAGUGGUUUGCUCUCUGAAUAUGGAUUCGAUGGUGGUUGGCCAUCGAUUUUCUACGUUUUUGGUGCUGUGGGUACAAUAUGGUCUGUUGCUUUUCUAAUCAUGGUUUAUGAAGACCCUGAUGUCCACCCUCGCAUAGCUGAAGAUGAGAAGAAAUACAUCACACACACUGUAUGGGGCUCUGCAGGUGUCUCUUCUCCUCCAGUUCCCUGGAAAAGCAUAAUAAAGUCUCUACCAUUCUGGGCAAUUCUUAUUGCACACAUGGGGCAAAAUUAUGGAUAUGAAACACUGAUGACAGAACUUCCAACAUUCAUGAAACAAGUGCUGCACUUUGACAUAAAAGAGAAUGGAACUCUUUCUGCACUCCCAUACCUUGCAAUGUGGAUAUUUUCAAUUGUUGCUAGUCAUGCAGCGGACUGGAUGAUUUCCAGCCGGCGAUUUACUCAUGGAGUAACAAGAAAGAUAGUAAAUAGCAUUGGUCAGUAUGGACCUGCAGUCGCUUUAAUAGCAGCAUCAUACACAGGCUGUGAUCCAACACUUACAGUAGCACUGUUAACUAUUGGUGUUGGUCUUAAUGGAGGUAUUUAUUCCGGAUUCAAGGUGAAUCACCUUGACAUUUCACCACGUUUUGCUGGUAUUCUUAUGAGUUUCACCAACUGUUUGGCAAACUUGGCUGGCCUUUUAGCUCCAAUAGCAGCAGGCUACAUAAUCCAUGGAAGGCCAACACAAGCAGCUUGGAGAGUUGUCUUCAUGAUUGCAUCUGGUGUGUAUAUAGUAUGUGCGACAGUGUACCUGAUAUUUGGAUCUGGUGUGAGGCAACACUGGGAUGACCCCAGCAAUGACAGCCCUCCUAAAAACAAGAAUACUGAUGUGGAAAAAGACUGCGUACCGAUGGAGAGCACGCACCAUUGAUUGUUGCAGCUUUGUAAUGUGUUGGUGUGUGUCUUUUUUUGUAUGUUCAAUGAGAGAGAGAGAGAGAGAGAGAGAGAGAGAGAGAGAGAGAGAGAGAGAGAGAGAGAGAGAGAGAGAGAAUAUGACUGAGCAGCUACAUCAGCUUCUUCACUCCCAAAUUUGUAUAUUUUGAAAUAUUAAAUUAUGAGUGUUUUUUUUAUGUCUGUCACUAGUUGCAAAAGAAUGUAUAAAAGAUGGCAAAAAGAGUUCUAUGUCUUUUAGUAUUUAUUUAAACCCUGAGAUUAAAUUAUCUUACACAGAAUCUUGUCCAAAUCAGUGAUUUUCUGUAUGGUGUGUGUAUGAAAAAUAAAACCCACAUUUAUGCCGACAGUAGAUCUUGCUAUUUGCUGUUGGAAAUUUGGUGUGCUUCCAAUUCCCUAAUAAAUUUUUCAUUAUAAAACAGUUACAAAUUAUUUGGAUAGUAUUAUAACAUUAAAUAACAGUCCAGUAUUUAACCCAUUAGUAGAUCUGUGGGCUACUUCUCAUAAAACAUGAGAUACUCCAAGAAUGAAUGAGGCAAAGACAUCCAUAGAAAUCACAUUUUAUAAAUUACUGUAACAUAUAGUAAUUUUUAAAUAGUGUUGUUAUGUGUCUAUACCUAGACAAGUAAUAGAAAUUUCUAAAGUUUCUAUAAGAUAGGCUUAGAUUUUGUUUCACUAUCUGCCAUGAAACUUCACUUUUCAAUGUGUAUUUGAGAAAGAAAUUGUAUGUUUUUUAAAUGCUAUGCAUUUGUACACAUCAGUCUGUAACCAGUAUUAAAUAUUUGUUACUGGUUAAA